UAAAAAAAGCCGGGGGGUGCGCGUGGACCCCUAUUUCCAUCUAGACUAAAAGGUUAGAACUCGCUCUCUGACUCUGAGUACUCUUCUUACAAAUUAAUAAAUUACAGUUGCUCUGUAAAAUAUUUCAGAAAUUAGUCACCAAAUAUGAAAUCUAGAGUCUUUAAGCUUUCAGUGGAUAUAUAGUUUGUCAAGAUUACUUUAAGUUCAGACUAAGAUAUCACAGUUUAAAACAUGUAAUGACAAGUGGCCCACAGGUUAAGACUAGAAACAUCUGAAAUAAUGAUCAUUGUUUUUACCAAAUUCAACAUUGAGAACUGUUUUCUGCAAGCUUUUUUCAAGAAAAAUUAAAACAUUUUGUUUUUAUUUUAAUAAUAAUUCAAAAUUGAUGUAUACAGUUCAACAGCAAAAUCUGUGUGAUUUUUUUGUCAAGACAAUUUUUUAUACAUCUAUAAAUAACUGCAAGGCAAGCUGCAGGAACACACAGAGAUGCCAGCAGACCACAAUAUCAGUCGCCUUAAUGCUUUAUGUGGAGUGUCUAGUGUACUCAAAACUGCACUCGAAAGCGUGUGCUCACUUUAUAGGGCUUGAGUCUAAAAAAAUGUGUUAUCAGAUUAAAUCUUGCAUACUGUGUUACACUAAGAAAGAUUUUUUAUGUACUUCAGUACCCAGCAAACAUUAGACCGAUGGCAAGAAAAUGCUUCCACACAGCCAAUACCAUUCUUCUCAAAUGUGGACAGUUCAACAUGCUCCUCUUUUCUCCAGUUCAUGCUCGUUCAGGCUGCAGUGUCAUUCUCUCAUAAACUUUAGAUAUGGUGCUGACUCCAGUCAUGGAGUUUUUCACUACUCUUACGCAGUCGCUGGUGGAAGACUUUGACAUACUUGUCUUUUUGUUUGUUUUUCCACUUUUUAUAAUCUCUUAAUUUGUUUCCAUGUUUCCAAACUCUCUUAUACGUUGUUCAGGGCUGUUAUGCUAAAUGUACAUUUUCUUUUUGGGAACACCAUGAUUCUAAAUCCAGGGUAUGACAUCUACAAUUAUUUUCCCAUAUUUCUUUUUCAUUUCAUUGCUAAUUGGACUGUCCAACUCAUCAAGAUCGAUCUUAGAUGUGACAUUCCCAGACCCCAUUUUUGCCAUCCAAGCCUUUACCUGGAACGUGUCCUCUUUCCCUCCAACCCGUUCUCAUUAAUCUUGUUACUGCUACAUUUUCGUUUCUAUUCAUUCUCUGUAUUUUUAUUAUUACCGUUAAGUGCCACUAGGGGCGCUGUAGCUUAAGAGUGAGCUUUGUAUGCAGAGAAGAGGUUAAUUUCCGCAGAAGAAGCGAUCUCUCGAGAGAAAGAAAGAUGUAUGACUAAAGUGUGGUCAUUAAGCUAAGUUUAAGAGAGAUAAGAUAAACAGAAAGAAGAAGAAAAAGACUGAAACUAAUUCCUCUCUCGGUACUGAGCCAACGAGUGAAGCUCCUCCCACAGGAAUCACAUCAUCAGUGAAGCUCCUCCCACAGUAGUUCACCAAUAAAUGCUGGAACAUCUCAUCAGUUCAGAAAAGAAGACGAGCUGAAAUCUGUCAAGUCUGAGUUUAUUAAAGAGGACAGAGAGAAGAUGAGAGAUCAAGAAGCCUCAACCCUCAGAAUCAAACACACUGAAGAUACUGAACAAACAGAGCUGAUUGAAGAGAACCAGGAGAGUGAAGAAUUGAGUGAAGUUGAGGAGAAAAAUCAUGUCCAAACCAGAGAAAAACUUCAGAGUUGCUCUCAAACCAAACAGAAAGAUUUAAAGAAAAGAAGAGCCAAGAAAUCUUUCACCUGCACUCAGUGUCCAAAGAGUUUCACAUGCAAAUCUUAUCUUGAUAUUCACAUGAGAGUUCACACUAGAGAGAGAUCAUACACAUGUGAUCAGUGCGGGAAGAGUUUCACACAAUCAUCAAACCUUAAGAACCACACUAACAUCCACACUGGAGAGAAACCGUACACUUGUGAUCAAUGUGGGAAGAGUUUCACACAAUCAGCAACACUUAAGAUUCACAUGAACAGCCACACAAGAGAGAAACUGUACUCAUGUGAUCAGUGCGGGAAAACAUUUUUGAGGCCUUCAGUCCUAAAGCAGCACCUGAGAGUUCAUACACAGGAGAAGCCAUAUUCGUGUGAUUUGUGUGAAAAGAGUUUUACAUUGCUACAAAGUUUGAAACAACAUCAGAAACUUCAUACUGGUGUGAGAGAGUACAUGUGCUUUGAGUGUGAAAAAACUUUUAUUACAGCGGCCCAUUUAAAACAGCACCAUAGGAUUCACACUGGAGAGAAACCUUACAAGUGUUCACACUGUGACAAGAGAUUCAAUCAGUCUUCAUACCUGAAAACACAUGAGAGGAUCCACACUGGAGAGAAACCUUACAAGUGUUCACACUGUGACAAGAGAUUCAGUCGGUCAGGAGACCUGAAAACACAUGAGAGGAUCCACACUGGAGAAAAACCUUACAAGUGUUCACACUGUGACAAGAGAUUCACUCAUGCAGUAAGUCUGAAAAUACAUGAGAGGAUCCACACUGGAGAGAAACCGUAUCACUGCACUGCAUGUGGGAAGUGUUUCAAUAAUUCAUCUUCUCUACACAGUCAUACAAAAAACAUUCACAGUAAGAUGCUGGAACAUCUCAUCAGUUCAGAAGAGAAGACGAGCAUCAAAUCACCAGAAGAGCUGAAAUCUGUGAAGUCUGAGUUUAUUAAAGAGGACAGAGAGAAGAUGAGAGAUCAAGAAGCCUCAACCCUCAGAAUCAAACACACUGAAGAUACUGAACAAACAGAGCUGAUGGAAGAGAACGAGAAGAGUGAAGAACUGAGUGAAGUGGAGGAGGAACAUUACGACAAACCUGGAGAAAAACCUUUGAGUCGCUCAAAGACCAAAAAUACAUUUUUAAAGAAAAGUAGAGCCAAGAAAUCUUUGACCUGCACUCAGUGUGGAAAGAGUUUGACAUGCAAACGUAAUCUUGAUGUUCAUAUGAGGAUCCACACCGGAGAGAGGCCGUUCACGUGCGAUCAAUGUGGGAAGCGUUUCACACAAAAAGUACACCUUCAAGGACACAUGAGAAACCACACUGGAGAGAAGUCAUAUGCAUGUGAUCAGUGUGAGAAAACUUUCACUCACAAACACAGCCUUGUUAUCCACUUGAGAGUUCAUUCUGGAGAAAAACCAUUCACAUGUGAUCAGUGCGGGAAGAGUUUCACACAAAAACCUCAUCUUACGGGGCACAUGAGGAUCCACACCGGAGAAAGGCCUUACCCUUGCAAUCAGUGCGGGAAGAGUUUCACGCAAUCAUCAUACCUUACGCUUCACAUGAAGAUUCACACAAGAGAGAAGCUGUACGCAUGUGAUCAAUGCGGUAAAACUUUUCUGUGGGCUUCAUACCUGAAGAAUCACCUGAGACUUCAUACAAAGGAGAAGCCACAUUCGUGUCACUUGUGUGAAAAGAGUUUUUCACUUCUACAACAUUUAAAAGAACAUCAAAAAAACCAUAAUGAUGUAAGAGAGUACAUGUGCUUUGAGUGUGAAAAGACCUUUACUUUAGCACGCUAUUUAAAACACCACCAGAGGAUUCACACUGGUGAAAAACCGUAUAAGUGUUCACAUUGUGACAAGAGAUUCAAUCAGGCAGAAAAUCUGAAAACACAUGAGAGGCUCCACACUGGAGAAAAACCUUACAAGUGUUCACACUGUGACAAGAGAUUCAAUGAGGCAGGAAAUCUGAAAAGACAUGAGAGGAUCCACAGCAGAGAGAAGCAGGACACGUGUGAUCAGUGCGGGAAGAGUUUCUCUGUUAAACACUUGAAGCAACAUCUGAGGCUCCAUGCUGUGGAGAAACCAGAUCACUACAAUCCACGUGAUGAGAGAACUUCCACAAAUCAAACAAGAGUUCACAGAAGAACCAGAGGACAGAGAGAAGAUGAGGGAUCCAGAAUCCUGCAGAAUGAACCAUCAUGAUUCUGAAGAACAAACAGACUCGAUGGACGUGAACAAGAAAGGAAAAACCAAAGCCAAAAAAUCUGUCACCAAUAUUCUUAUGUAAAUCAAGCCUGAAGAUUCACAUGAAAGUUCACACUGGCAAGAACAGUGCUUUCACUCUGAAAUCAAGUCCUUUACCACAGAUAAUAAACAGAAAGAGCACCAGUAAGUCACAGAAAUGAGCAGUAACCCUGGAAACACAUGAAAGGAUUAACACUGGAGAGUUUCAUUAAAUAUCUAGUCUUCGCUCUUGAUCACUGUAACCAGAUCAUCUUAUAAUCCAGCAGGGUGACACCAGGGGGGUGAAUUUAGUCUAAAAGUGGGGUGGGGCUAUAAUAUUUUAUAUUAUAUAAAUAUAAAAAUUCUUAAGAACAGUUGUUGAAGGGGACACAAAUAAUACAGCUAAAGUUGUACUUGUAAAGAAAAGUUUACACAGAAGAAUGCCGUACUACUAUUAUUGUUCUCUUGUUGGUCUGAUUGCAUCUUCUGUCCUCAUUUGUAAGUCACUUUGGACUGCUAAAUGAUUAAAUGUAAAUAUACCGUGCCAAAUUAAACAACUUCAAGCUGUCGUGU